UGGGCAUGGAGAGAGAAAAAAAGAUGAAGAUAUGGAGACAGAAGACAGAGGGAAGAACACAGAGAACGAGCACUUGGAGGAGAACGAGGACAACGCGGCCCACAACCAAGCGGAAGAACAGGUCUCGUCUUUUACCGUCCAUGGAGUUGAGUCUACCUCCGGGGACCCUGCCUCCUGUCCUCUCACCCACACGGAGGAGCCGGAGUUGGGCCUUGACCCCUCUCUCCCUCUAGAUCUCACGGAGAUGUUGCAGUUCUCCCUGGAGUCCCCGGGGGGCGCCACACUGGCCUGUCUCAGUCUGAUGACUCUGGGUCUGCUGUCAGUCCACGUCUCCAUACCUGAACACAUAGUGGUGUUGGACAGCACCAUGGUGGACAAUGAGGUGGUUAAGAGUAUCUCAGUGCUGGCUGAGGAUGAUGAUGAUGAAGAGGAGAACGAGGGACGGAGGGGGAUCGAGGUGAGGGCUCACAAGGCGUCCCACACCAAGUACCUGAUGAUGCGUGGAUACUGCGUUCCCGGGAUCGUCAACCUCCGAAACCUCAACACCAACGAUAGUAUUGUGGUGGAAUCGUGCACCAUGAGACUACAUCUACGUCACACACCUGUACAUACACUGUUUACUACCCAGGACUCUCCUCCCAUAGACUUCUCCAGACACGGUCCCUCUCUCCUCCCCUCUUUACUCUCCCAUUCCCUCAGAGCCCAUCCCUCCUCCUCCUCCUCUCCCUCGUCCUCCCCCCUCCCCUUCUCCCCCUCCUCCUCCGUAGAGGUGUGUGAGGGGCGUCUGGUGACUCAGAGAGGGUAUAGCCCAGAGGACAUUGGUGCUGUGGCAGAGCUCAGAGCAACACUGGAGAGACACGGAGCCUUCGGAUUGGACAGGCGGGACCUGGUGACAUCACACACACACCUGGCCGACCCGAGAGACGGACGUACCAGAGGUCUGCAGCGGUACAUACAGGACUUGCUGGAGGAAGAGCUGGUGUUGGAGGUGGGAGGGAGCUCAGUGCGUCUGGUGUUACUGAGUCACGCUGAGCCCUGGCUACUGACCUCCACAGAGAGGCAGAGAGACCGGCCACACCAAGCCCAGCGAGGAGCCUCUGCCUUUGGGGACAGAAAGCACCACAACCCCCUCCUCCGCAAGAGAAGAAUGGUGGCCCCCAGAGAGCAGGAACCACGUAGUAAGAGAGGCAGAAGAGAAACGCUGAUGGAGGAAGAGGAGGUUGAGAAGAGGGAGGAGACACCGGAGGAGGAGGAGGUUGAGAAGAGGGAGGAGACACCGGAGGAGGAGAGAAGAUGCAAGGGCGACGGCGAGAAGCCAUUUUCAUCUCUAGCUGAGGAAGAGGAUGGUGAAGCUAGCGGUCUGCCCGAGGAAGAGGAUGGUGAAGCUAGCGGACUGCGCGAGGAAGAGGACAACAGCGGCGGCGUGUGUGACGUGUCGUUCGUCAGUCGUCCGUGGCGUAUCGUGGACGGCAGUCUGAACAGGCCGGUGUGCAAAGGCAUGCUGGACGCUGUCCUUUACCACAUCAUGACCCGGCCCGGUUUACCAGAACACGUCUUACUGGAACACUACAGAGGGGUCUUGCAGCCAGUGGUGGUACUGGACCUCGUGCAGGCCCUCGUUGAGUUGGGCUGUAUCAAGAAGAAGUACGUGACCAGACGUCCCAAACCCUCCCUCUUCUCCCGCCCAGCCGCCGUCCUCAUGGUGGGGGAGGAGAGAGAGGGAGAGACGGGGGUGAGGCUGGAGGAGACGGGGGUAAGGCUGGAGGAGACGGGGGUAAGACCGGCUGAGACGACCACUGUGUUCUAUGAGCCGACCAUCGACUGCUGUCUGCGUCUAGGACAGGUUUUACCCCAUGAAAACAACUGGAACCAGUGGGUCCAGUUCGCACAACAUGAGAACAAACAGUAAGGACUGGAGUUAAAACUGAUUCUAAUUCUUUAGUACCACGCUGUAGUGAAACGUUUUUAGACCAUAGACAUAACGUUGUGCAACUGAAAAUGUUUUGCAACAAAAAAAUGAAAGUUUUUGAAAGUAUUGUGAAAAAUGAAAGUUAGUCCCUGUCCGUUUCGUUCCCUAUGAUUCUGUUUGGUUCCAUUGAGUUGUUAGUGGAUACACACCAGGACUGCUAGGGGACGGGAGUUUUACUUGAUCAGGAUUAAUAGGCCCAGGAGUUAAAACAACAAGUUUCUUCAGUGGUUAACCCAAAGGUCUUUCGUUCUGACUCUUAUCGGACAGCAAGAUUAGAUUUUAGCUUAAAAAAAAUUUUUGUUUCAGUUGUAGUGACACAGAUCUCUGGGAAUUAGUUUCACAUCUUAGACGUCCUUUCGUCGGGGAAAACCUGUUGUGGUUUCAUUUCAGUUUCGUGAUUCUUUUCUUGAAAGUGUGAUGUAAUAAAAAUUCUAAUUGUGAAA